AAAGAAGUUUUGGUAUGACAGCCCUACGCUGGGAUCUAAGAUGAUGUAUAAACCAACCGGAUUGCCCUUUGUAGUGAAAGACCAGACAAAAACUAGGAAAGAAGAUAACAUACGCCACAGAGUCUUGAACAACCUUAUUCACAAAGCUGUGACAGAGAUGAUGGCCACCAGUGAAGUUAAUCAAGAACUUCACGAUCUCAAGCUGGAAAUCUGCAAGGUGUCCCUGGCAUCAAACUUCUCAGCAUGUCGUGUGUACUGGAAUCCUGCUGCCACUACGGAGAAAGAAAGUUAUGUUGAGAGCGUGCUGCGGAAGAGUGCUCCACGUAUACGGUAUCUUCUGACGAGUCAGCAGAUUGUAGGAAACUUACCCCCGGUAGUAUUUGUAAAAGACAAAGAAGCAUCAGCUGUAAAAGAGGUUGAGAAAUUAUUGUCAAUUGCUGAUUUUGGACCUCCAGAGGAAGAAGAAACAUUAUCUCAAAAUGAUUCGAGCGAGCUGGCAGCUCAGUCUUCAGAUUCACCCAUGCGGUCUAACCUUUUUGGUAUCGAUCACGAGCUGCUGAAUAAGCAGAUAAUGGACUACAAAAGACUGAAAGUGUCAAGAGAUGCAGAAAGCAUCGCCUGGACGGAAGAGCAGGAGCAGCAGCUUUCCAAGAUUCGGAAGAAAGUGAAAAAGAAAAAAGCAAAGGAUCCUCCUGACGAUGACAUUACACCACAGAAAUACUUACUGGAUAGAUACGAAGCCGAUCACUGGGAUGAUAACACUGAAUCAGUCUCGGACUAUGAGCUGGAGGAUGAAUUACAGGAAGAGGUAAAAGAAUUGGAGGCAGAUGAUGGCAAAACUCUAAGUCAGACUACUGAUAAAACUGAAAUGAAGUGA